AUGGAUGUCAGGACCACUAAUCUAUCCUACCUCUCUAUGAUAAUCCAAUACAUCAGUGUCCAAUUUAGACAGUUUGCAUAUGCUUUGCAACAGGCCAACAACCCAAGAUCAGGUGGAAAUACAUAUAUUGAAGCAGGUCCUGGCUACCUGCAAUUCCUAUGGGACAAUCAUGAAGGUCCCAUAUAUUGCUGUCCUAUGCCCCAUACCUGGUGGAUGAGGGACCCUACCCACCUGGAUGGGUAUGAUCAUUGGUCAUUGGAGGAAGUUUUGCAGGAGGCCAAGGAAUUCUUUGUUGGGGUUGAGGAAAGAACAGAGAGUAUUCCACUGCUGUGUGACAUGGACCAAAUCCCAUCAGAGACUAUCAGCUGGUUGAUUGAAAGCUGUGAUGAGAUGAUCCAUGGGGAGGAGGUGGAGAUUUGCCAGCUCCAUGGUGUGGACAAAUACAGGAGCAGCUUGAGGACUUCUGGGUCAAUUCAGUUACUCAGCCAGGAGCCAGCAAUAAGUAGGGUGCUGUCUUCUUUACACAUCUGA